GCGGUCAUUGAACAUUGGAAUUCGGUGACGCAUAUGAUAUAAAUAUAGUCAGGGACAACCUAGAAAGUUAAUUGGUACUAACCACCAUUCGGGUCUCACACUAGUGAUGUACACAUUACUGCGGGGUUUGUGGCAAUAUAUAUCACAAAGGGAUGAGUUUUCUGUUCUCAUACUAGGUUUGGAUGGCGCUGGAAAAACAACUUAUUUAGAACAGGCUAAAAUAAAUUUUGUUCCGAAUUAUAAAUCUAUCCCAAUUCAGAAAAUCACUACUACUGUUGGUCUGAAUAUUGGAUACAUUGAGGUUGAUGGGAUCCGGCUUAAAUUUUGGGAUCUCGGCGGUCAAGAAGAGCUUCAAUCCUUGUGGGAUAAAUACUAUGCUGAAUCAAACGGUGUUAUUUAUGUCAUUGAUUCUGCAGAUAGCGAUCGUUUUGACGAAUCUAAAGAUGCAUUUGAUAAGAUGAUAAGAAACCCUUUACUGGAAGGUGUGCCGUUACUGGUUCUAGCUAACAAGCAAGAUAUGCAGAGUGCGUUCCAUUUGUCUGAAAUAAACAAAGUUUUCUACGACAGUCUACAUCUUGUUGGGCAACGUCAAUGCACAUUUCAUGGUGUCAGUGCACUUAACGGAUAUAAACAUUUCAGUCGACCUAGUGUUAUUUCUCAGGGAGGGAAUAAACAGCAGUAUCAAGUGGAUUGCUGAUAAGGUUAAAGGUAACGCUAAACAAAGGCCACCAAAACAACUUGAAAUCCCAUAACGUGUCUUCGUAAAACUACUUUUCUGUUCGUAUAGUACUCAAAGGAUUCUGCGGUACUACAUAUUUUUAUUUAACAUCUUUUGGCAGUUUUAAAACUAAAUGCAUGUAAAUCUGUAUCAUAAAAAAUAUAAUGAAAAUGUACAUUAACUUAGGUUUUCUUUCAUUGUACAACAAGAUGCUUUCAGUAGUUGUAAUCUUUCCUUUGAUUUAUUGUCGAGGGAUAAGGUUCUAAAAGACAACAAUAGAUAUUAAUAUUGAUAACAAUUGAAUUAAACUAUAAGUAAUAAAUAGUACCAAUCG